CGUGACGUAGCGGUCAUUUACGGCUGCUGAUUGGUGGGCGGGGAAGGAGGGGCGGGUCACGUCGCCGGAACUGACGCAUUCCGGAACCCGCUCUCUGCAGAGCAACCUGGGCUGCGCGUUUCCAAGUUGAUGCCCCCGUGGUUUUGCACAUCUCUGUGCAGUUGACAGCGGAUUCACUCCUCACGAUUCCCCGCUCACCCCGCGCCACGUGAUUGGCAUUGCCUCGCAGUGGUGUCCGUGAGCGUCGCUGAAGAAGUCCCGGGACGGGUUCGGUGGAGGUGAAGCCGCUCCAAGCUGGUCCAGCUCUAGAAGGCGUGGAAGUUCCUCCGCGUUUACUUUAACUGGGCGUGAGCCUCUCUCUUUUCUUUGGCAUCGGAUGGUCCUGGCACGUCGUGGGUGGUGUUCAUUGCCCAGACGUUCAUUGCAAUUUGGACAGAGAAAAACCACCGUUUUCUGUCAUUUCUCCUAGAGUAGAACUCAAGCAGUAGGAAAAUGUCUGUUUUCCCUAAAAUAUCUUUGAGACUUGAAGUUGAAAACUAUCUUAAAGCGGGCUUUAUGAAUAAGGAGAUUCUGUCCGCUUUAGGUAAACAAGAAGCAGAAAGGAGGUUUGAAACUCUGUUACAUAACUUGUCUCACCCUCCGUCAUUCACCACGGUCAGAGUAAAUACGCAUCUAGCCUCAGUACAACAUGUGAAAAAUCUGUUAUUUGAUGAGCUUCAGAAGUUUAAUGGAUUAAGUUUUCCUGUUCUUCAGCAUCCAGACCUUCAGGAUGUCUUACUUAUUCCUGUUAUUGGACCUAGGAAGAAUAUAAAACAGCAGCCUUGUGAAGUUGUUGUUGGAGCCCAGUGUGGCAAUGCUGUGUUACGAGGAGCCCAUGUCUAUGUCCCUGGAAUCGUAUCAGCCUCAAAAUUUAUGAAAGGUGGAGAUGAUGUUUCCGUAUACUCUGACAUUAAAGGCAAAUGUAAGAAAGGAGCCAAAGAAUUUGAUGGAACAAAAAUAUUUCUUGGAAAUGGGAUUUCUGAACUAAGCCGCAAAGAGAUCUUCAGUGGGCUGCCUGAACUGAAAGGUGUGGGCGUAAGAAUGACAGAGCCAGUGUAUCUCAGCCCUUCAUUUGAUAAUGUCCUGCCCAACUACUUGUUUUUACAGAAUUUGCCAUCUGCUGUAGUAAGCCAUGUUCUGGAUCCUCAGCCUGGAGAGAAGAUUCUAGAUUUGUGUGCAGCACCCGGAGGCAAAACAACACACAUUGCAGCACUGAUGCACGAUCAGGGAGAAGUGAUAGCACUGGAUAAAAUACCCAAAAAAGUAGAAAAAAUAAAGCAGAAUGCAUUAUUGUUAGGAUUGAAUUCCAUCCGGGCAUUUUGCUUCGAUGGAACAAAGGCCCUUAAACUUGAUAUGGUUAAGGACACAGACGGAGAACCUCCAUUCUUACCAGAAUCGUUUGACCGAAUUCUUCUCGAUGCUCCCUGCAGUGGAAUGGGACAGAGGCCAAACAUGGCAUGUACUUGGACUUUGAAAGAAGUGAUGUCCUACCAACCAUUACAGCGAAAACUCUUCACUGUGGCGGUGGCGCUGCUGAAGCCGGGGGGCGUGCUGGCGUACAGCACGUGCACUGUCACCCUGGCAGAAAAUGAGGAGCAGGUUGCCUGGGCCCUCGAGACGUUUCCCGGCCUUCAGCUUCAGCACCAGGACCCACAGGUGGGAGGAGAAGGGAUGCUUGGAGCUGGCCUGUCACCUGAACAGUUGAAACGGCUGCAGCGAUUCGAUCCCUCUGCAAUGCGGUCACUGGACCGUGACAUUGGUUCUCUGAGAGACGCCAGCAUAGAAGACCUGGUUUGGCUGGCAAAUAAGGAUUGUAUAGGUUUUUUCAUAGCAAAAUUUGUAAAAUGCAAAAGCACACAGUAGGAGGAUCUUUAGAAAUGAAGAUUCCAAAUGUGUGCCUGGUGGUUAUUAUUUUUUUUUAAACCAAACUCUCAUCAAACCAUGUGAUUGAUGUCAUGGUUGCUGGAGAAAGAGAAAAGGCUGCCAGCUGUUCCACCAGUAAUCAAGAGACUCCGCUUCACAGAGAAAGAAACUGGAGGGUUGGGGUGGGAGUGGGGUGUGUGUUGAGAUUAUAUUUUGCAUUUUUAAGAAAAUUUUUCCUUUAUGGAUUUAGAGUAUAAAGAAAAGGAGGUGCCUGUCGAUGUCUGGAACGUAUUUUCAUUUGGGGUCUUUGUUUUAAUUUGUAAAGAAUGCAAGUCAUUUUUAAUGUUAAAAUGAGUGGAUUUAACAAAAGGAGUAAAAUUAGCAGUAUUUAAUUUGGUUAUAAAACAUGUUUUCUGUUACUGAGUUCCUAAGUAUGAGUUCCUUCAGAAUUCAGGGUGUGUAGUCCGUAACUUAUUAUCAUGGACCAGGAACCAAGCUGAGGGUUUCACUUGACUUCUUCUGUUACUGUUUGGUAUAUCAGCCCCUCUUCAGAUGAGUUCUGGAUCACUCCCAAGUGACAGUCACCCUUCACUGUGUUUUCUUUUUCCUUCAUGUUUUAAACUAAAAACUAAAAUGAAUUUUAACUCUGUAGAUUAAAAAUGAGACUAUUAUAGAAUUUGGGUACCUUUCAUCAUCUAAUGGAAGAUACAGAUUAUUAGAGGUAUGAUUGGUGAGAAAGAGAAAACCAUCUUGUGAGAGCUGGGAAGUGGCCAGGCCUUAGUGUUUUCCUGCCAACUCCAUAGAACACCAACCCCAGACCAUGCAGCUGUGACUAGGAUAGAUCAAGAUAAAACAAGACUACUUCACCAUCAAAUCUGAAAUCACCCAAACCACAGAGGUGACCAGACAUCUCCCACAGUGGCCGGUAUAUGUGGACUGCCUUUGGCAAAUGACUGUAACUGUGGGCUCGCUUCAUCCCAUAUGCUUUUUAGAUACGGUCUAUUAAAAUACCCACCAUGGGUUAAAAGGUGUCUCA